AUGGCCCCAACAUCAACUCAGGAGAUUAGUGGUGCUAAGCCUGUACCAGCACUGAGCACCGGGACGAAGCUGGAACCAGGCAUCUAUGUUCCGACCGUGGCUUUCUUCAAGGAGGACGAAGAGGUAGACAUCGAGACGACCCGCAAGCACGUUACUAUGUUAGCAGGUAGCGGCAUCAAAGGCAUAGUCACACAUGGCUCUAACGGAGAAGCCGCUCACCUUAGCCAUGAGGAGCGUACAUUGAUUACUCGGACGACUGGACAAGCACUUGACGACUCCGGCAAAAAAGUCAAAAUCGUCGUUGGCUGUGGAGCUCAUUCGACAAGAGAGACCAUAAAGCUUUGCAAGGAUGCUGCCUCUGCAGGCGGUCACGCCGCGCUGGUCCUACCUCCAAGUUAUUUUGCUUCGCUACUGUCUUCGAAGCUUCUCCUUGACCACUUCCGGAAGGUCGCUGACGCCUCGCCCAUUCCCAUUCUGAUCUACAACUUCCCAGCAGUGCAGAGCGGAAUCGACAUGACAUCGGACCAAAUCAUUGAGCUGGCCCAACAUCCAAAUAUCGUAGGCGUCAAACUCACUUGCGGCAACACAGGAAAGCUGGCUCGUGUUGUGGCUGCUACCCACGACUCAGGUUUCUUGACUUUUGGAGGUUCAUCGGAUUUUCUUUUGCAGACUCUUUCGGUGGGAGGUGCCGGUGUGAUAGCUGGCUUGGGCAACCUUGCUCCAGCUAGCAACGUGCAAACAAUGCUCGCAUAUAAGGCUGGAAGGCUCGAGCGUGCACGCGAGACACAAGCGAUUUUGGCGGAAGCGGACUGGGUUGCGAUCAAGGGCGGGUUCGUGGCUGUCAAGAUUGGACUGAACAAGUACUGCGGUUACGGAGGCGAACCGAGAUCGCCGUGUGCCAUGCCCGAGGCCGACAUCCAGUCAGAAACAAAUGUUGGCUUUGCUCGACUGAUUGAGCUUGAGCGCAGUUUCUAG